GCGUGCAAUUUAACCUCGGCCCGAAAAGAGAAGAACACAGUUUUACUGCUGUAAUUUGCCGAACGGUUUGACAGCUUUUGGAGUGUGGCGAAGAAAUGGAGAAAGAGAGAAUAUUGUCCAAGCAAUAUGGGUCUCUCGAAUGCACACAGCGGAAUGUGGACGCAGGCAAAACAGAGGAAGAUGACAUCGUAUCUAUGGCAGACUCUACCAUCACCGUCGAUGACAUCGAGGGAGAGCUCUUCAAGAUCGAGCGAAUACGAGACGUGCUGGUGCGGAGGGAGUCGGAGCUGAGAUACAUGAUGGAUGACAUUCAGCUGUGUAAGGAAAUAACACGGCUGAAACAGGAACUCCAGAAACUGGUGUCCAUUCCAGACAAAGACAAAUCAAACGACGACAGGCAGAAGGAAGACGAGCUGCUCCAACAGAUACAUAAACUUGUGGAGACCCGAGACUUUCUUGUGGACGACGUGGAGUUUGAGAGGCUGAGGGAAAGGGAAGAAGACAAAGAGAUGGCUGAAUUCCUGCAGUCAAAACUCCCCAAGAGCCUGAAGAAAAAGAGUGCCACUCAGGGCAGGAAGGUGACCUCCAGAGCCCAGCAGACCUCCUCUCCGUUUGUGGCCAAAACUGGGCUGACCCUCCUGAAGGAAUGCUGUGGAUUCACCUGCUCCAUCAUGUAG